UGAAUGAUCCAUCCCUCACUCAAGUAGACUUUAUCAAGUUCCUUUUAAACCUAAAGCUUUGAAUUUCUGGAAAAUAAUGUCUGAACCAUUAGAAGACAGCAGAAGUCCUAAUUGAAUUUUUUAACUCCUAGUUUUAAUUCAUUUUAUUUGUAAAAUUUUACCACCCAACUAGUAAAUAUUUCCUAACUUUUCAAUCUAAAGAGUAAAUAUUUUUGUAUGCUCCAAAAUCAUUCAACUUUAUGUUCAUGGUCUUGCGCCAUUAUACUAACUAUGACUAAUCUUAUGUUAUGACUAUGAGUUACCUUCAUAAGUAUUAACUCAUAAUUGGUUAUUGUCUUAUAAAACUAUUAGAUAAUUGAACUACUCCACUUCACACUUAUAUUACUAAAUUGUACGUGAAUUUGAAAUUGAUUUGGAUAUAAAUCCAUUAUGUCUAUGUAUGUUGGAUAAUUAUUUAGGUGAUCAUACAUUUUCCCAUAAAUUUUAUAUAUGUUAACAUAUAUUGUGUGUUUUUUGUUUUUUAAUACAGAUCAAAAUUUAUGUCAAUACUAAAUAAUAAAUGAAGGAAAGACCUUCACGUUCACCAGGUGAAGAAAACAUAUCUGAAGACGGAAGUACUGAAAACUAUCUUAACUCAAAAAUAGUGGAAAUAAAGGAAAUUGAAUCUCAAAAUGCCGAUGAUAUUGAUGACAUAAUUGAUUCUGGCAAAAGAGCAUCAGCAAUACUUUUCCCGCAGGAACAAGAAUACGCAGCAAUUCUAAAUAUGAAUUCAGCUGACAUUGAAACAAAUGGAAAAAUUGUGUCAGGUAAAAGUAAAAGCCCUAAAAUGAAACAACGCAAGUCACCCGUGAAACGUCUUCGAAAAAGAGUAGAGCACAGAAAACGUUUACUUGAAAGCGAUGAUUCCAGUUCAUCUGAAGAUGAUUCGAUACCAUUGAAAAAAGUGAAUAAAAAAAACAAAUUGGUUUCAUCCAAUGACAAGCUUAAGGGUAGCAACAGAAAAAAGGCUGCUUCCCGUCCUCCAAACAAAAGAAAGGCGGGAAACACAUCAAAGGGAAAAAAACAGAAUAACACGAAAGGUAGUAAGAAUAAUGAAUCCGCUGAAAGUCAUCAAUGUGUUUUUUGUGACAAAUAUUUUACCACACUCCGAAGACUUAACAAACACAUGCAUAUUCAUAAAGACGGCCUAGAAUAUAAGUGUAAAAAUUGCAAAGAAGUCUUUACAUCUAACGAAGAACUUACUUCGCAUUUAUGUGCUCCUGAAGCAUUUGAGUGUGAUCUUUGUGAUAAAGCAUUCUCAAAGAUUGACUUAUUGAGAGCUCAUUCAAAAACACAUGUGUCUGAAGCUUUGAUAGAAUGUACUGAAUGUGAUAAAGUGUUUCAUGUGCAAAGUAGCUUAAAUGCUCACAUGAAAACACAUGGUGAUAUUAAACCUUUUAAAUGUCACCUAUGCAGCAAAGAAUUUCGUUGCCAAAGAAAUCUGUCAAUGCAUCUGCGAGUUCAUACAAAGGAAAAACCGUUUUCGUGUCCAACAUGCGGCAAGAAUUUUACACAACAGAGCAAUUUGAAUUCACAUGCUCGUUCUCAUACAGAAGAACGUCCAUUUAUAUGUGGAACUUGCGGAAAAUCUUUCUCGCUGAAGAAAACAAUGAUUGCACAUACAAGAACACACACAAAUGAAAAGCCUUUUAAGUGUAAAAUAUGUGGCAAAGCUUUUGCCCAGAGAGGUACUGUUAAAAAUCACAUGCGCAUCCACACAAAAGAAAUGCCAUAUGUAUGUGUCUAUUGCGGUAACAAAUUUGCACAUCAGCAAAGUUGGGGCUAUCAUAUGGCUCUUCAUGAUAAAAAUGGUGACACAGUGGUACAAUUUGACAAUGGGGAAGAAACGAAUAUUGAAAAUAAAUCGGAAGGUGUUCUUGUAAAAUUGGACUUAAUCGGCCAGGAAACAAAUGGUUGUAUAUAGUCAAUCCUGUUUAUGGUACAGUAAAGAUCUUUUAUCGUUGAAGAAAGUUGAUUCCUAUGUAUGGUGCAAUAAGGCAUUUCUGUUAUUGAAUAAACUUGUAUAGGAAGUGAAGCCUUCUUUACUUCUUGUCUCACUGUGUCAGAAAUAGGGCUGGGCAUUUCAAGUUUAUUAAUAAAUUCUAAUCGGUUCAAACGAAAAUUUCAAAUUGCCACCAUCUUGUUUUUUAUUGUUCAUCAAAGGAAGCCAUAUUUUGAAAAUACAAUUCUGACAUAUGAAACGCCAUGCACAGUUACAUGUAUUCAAGAUUUGAUUCGAUUCUGAAACCAUCAGGUGUUCGAAAAUGCUCAGCCCUAGUCAGGGAUUGUGUGGUUCAUGGUAUUUCACUCUCCACUGGCCAUUUUUUUUGAUUGAUUUUUUUUGUAUACAUGACCUAACUGCCAUCUUUUUUCUUAUAUUUUUUCAGUCGAAUGAGUUUUAUUGAAUAGUACUUAUUGUCCUAACAAAAGUUGCAUGCUUGAAUAACAAUGGUUAUCACUUGUAAUUAUUGAGAAGUACUAAAUUUAUUUGCUCAUUAUUUGUGCCUUCACUUCAAGUUUAAUAUUGCCGCUGCUGAAAUAUUGCGCAAGCAUAAAUGAUUAUUUCCAGUUUUGCACAGCCUCAAAUUUAAAAAUAAUUUAAUCAAUAAAUUUGAAAUUGUUGACAACAAAAUGAAGAAUCCGCUUUUAUUUCUGCCAAGUAAAUCAUUCACUCUGGCUGCUCGAAUCUUAGCGAAUUAUUUUUGUUAUUAAAUUCUGAUUCUGAAGUUU